AUGCUGCACAUGUGGCUAUAUUCAGUAUGUCAGUGUGUGCUCUCAUUAUGUGUGAUGGGGGUCAGCGUGCGUCUCUGUUUAGGUGGAAGUCGGGCGGAGGGAGUCCGCGGUGCCAGCGUGACCACCUGCCUGAGCCUGUGUCUGGGCUGGGUGGGGGCCGUGGGCGGAGCAGUGGGGGUCCCUGUUGCUGUCCUGCUGAACUUGAGGAGUCCGCAGUGCCUGUACACCUGCGUCAUUCUCGUGUGCUGCCCCUUGCUGGUUAGGCAUUUUACCGUGUCCCUGCUUGUGAUUCUUACAGUCAAUGCACACCUACAACUCAAACUGGAUAACAGAUACUCCAUUCUUGUGACUCGAAAGCGAGUUCUGUGCCUGGUUCUGAUCUGUUGGGUUGGUUCGGUUCUCUCCACCUUCGGACAGUUCUUCAUCUGCGACCCUCUAGAUACAUGGACUGUGACGAGUGAUGUGAGUGGACCGGGGUUGAACGAAGUCCAGAAUAUCAACCGGACCACAGGCAUCCCACCUCAGAGAACCUCGGACCCUCGGGACCACGUGGUUAUCAGGAAAUACCUGCCCCACGGGGGGUUCUGGUCCACGAUCUCAGUGGUGAACCUCCAGAACGUCACUUACACCAACAUCUACAGCAGCCAUUGGGAGGUCUGUGCCCCUGACAUUGUCUUCAGCCUGGGCUCUCUGGUCUAUGUCUACUUCCUCACAGCUUUUGUGAUCCCCAUGCUGAUACUUUUGGGCGUGUAUGCGGACCUGAGGUGUGCACCCUCCAAUGCAGUCACUUGGGAUCUUCAGAAGAGUCAUUCCAGGCGGUCCAACUUCGUGGGGUUGUCAGUCACCCUCUUGGUUUUCCUAAAUCUGCCACUUUACACCAUCCAGGCUCUUCGUCUCUUCGCCCCCAGUACUUACAGACCAGUCUGGGCCUCCACCGUGGCCUCCAUCCUCUUCCAAAUUUAUGGUCUGGUUCCCCCUUUGCUCUUUGACCACACUUCCUCAAAUAGGGGCAUCCCUUUGCCAGGGACCUCACACCUCCCGAAGCUGGCCAUAACAGGUGCCCAGAUUUGCAACAAAACCAAAAUAAGUCCAAGAAGUCCUGAAGCCAGAAGUAUAUAA